AUGUCGGUUGCGCUCAGGUUAAACGUGUUGACCCGGCGGUCGAGUCCCUCCUGGACUAGCUAUGCCUUGAGGCGCAUCUCACCGUUGCGGAGCUAUUCAAGCACCGCUUCGCCGGUAGAUGGGACGCUGCCUUUGGCAGGGAUUCGUGUGCUUGAUAUGACGCGUGUUCUGGCAGGACCCUACUGUACUCAGAUUCUGGGAGACUUGGGUGCGGACGUUAUCAAGGUCGAACACCCUGUGCGAGGCGACGAUACUCGAGCCUGGGGCCCUCCAUACGCCAAGUAUGAAGAUGCGUCGAGGGAGGGGCCCGGCGAGAGUGCUUACUAUAUGGCGGUCAACCGCAACAAGAAGUCGCUUGGUCUGUCCUUCCAGCAUAAGUCGGGCGUUGAGAUCCUCCACAAGCUCGCAAAAGAGUGCGAUGUCCUCGUGGAGAAUUAUCUUCCAGGAGCACUCAAGAAAUACGGAAUGGACUACGAGACCCUUCGAGAGAUCAACCCUAAGUUGAUCUAUGCCAGUAUCACCGGCUACGGUCAGACGGGACCGUACAGUAACCGGGCUGGCUACGACGUCAUGGUUGAGGCUGAGAUGGGAUUGAUGCACAUUACUGGAUCGCGAGAUGGUCCUCCCGUGAAAGUCGGGGUGGCAGUCACCGAUUUGACUACCGGACUCUACACCUCCAAUGCCAUCAUGGCUGCAUUGCUUGCCCGAGUUCGGACAGGCAAGGGCCAGCAUAUUGACGCUUGUUUGAGUGACUGCCAAGUCGCUACUCUCGCUAACCUGGCUAGCUCUGCUCUGAUUAGCGGCCAAAAAGAUUCGGGCCGCUGGGGCACUGCUCAUCCAUCUAUUGUACCAUACCGGAGUUACAAGACCCUCGAUGGUGACAUUCUUUUCGGUGGCGGCAACGAUCGACUCUUUGGUGUGCUCUGCGAUCGCCUUGGAUUCCCCGAGUGGAAGAACGACGCUCGGUUUGUCACGAAUAGCGAUCGCGUGAAACACCGGGCCGAUAUCGACGGCUUGAUUGAGACUACCACCCAGCAGAAAUCGACCAAGGAAUGGCUGGAUAUCUUCGAAGGCAGCGGUAUGCCAUAUGCAGCAGUCAAUGAUAUCCAGGGAACAUUGAACCACGAGCAUGUCCUAGCAAGAGGCAUGGUCACUGAGGUUGACCACCCUGCCUGCGGCCCCAUUAAACUAGUCAACACGCCCAUCAAGUACUCCGAGGCUACACCCGGUGUGCGGACGCCGCCUCCAACCCUUGGUCAACACACCGAUGAGAUCCUGGGGAGUGUCCUCAAUUAUGAGGAGGCAGACAUUGCCCGAUUGAAGGCAGAGGGCGUGGUGUCAUGA